UUUUUUUUUUUAAAUUAUUGUAUUUUUAUCUCUUUUAUAUAUAUAAAUAUAUCUUUUUCUCUUGUUUCAAUAAUUACAGGAAUUUAACAUGGGCUGCUGUUCAUCAGUACCUUCUAAUGAUGAUAAUCGAGAAACAACUAAUUGCACAUCAGAGCAAUCUCAAUCACAACCACAACAAACUACAGAAAUACAGCAACAUCAAAGUUCAUUAUCAACUAAAGAACUAUCAAUACAUUCAAUAGAAAAACAAGAAAAUAUAACGACUACAGAAUGGCCAAUAUGUGUUCGACUUUCAAAUAAUGGACAAGAUAUUCAUAUAAAAGUUCCUACUCAACCUCCUUAUUUAACUCUUGCUGGACUUCGACGUACAUUAUUACCUCACUUGGAAAGUAUAAAAUACACUCGUGUCAAAUUUAUUUAUUUAGGUCGUAUCUUAACUGACCAAUAUGUUAUUGUACCUACUCAGCAAUCUGAUCCUGACUCACCUUUACCCCCUCCAAAAAAUCGUACUAUUCAAAUACAAAAAGAAGGCGUCAUUCAAGCUAUGAUUUUAACAAAAUAAUUCCCUUUUAUUUUAUUUAUUUUUUCUUUCUUUUUCUUUUUUUUUUCAUUUUUUCAUUUUUUCAUUUUUAUGCAAGUUGCAUUUCAUGAAAAUCUUCUGGUACAGCUUCUAGUUCGAUACCUGCCAUUUCCUUAAAUUUCUCA